CUCCUUGGACACACACGCAGCUGGCGGCGAGGGCUCGCUGCGUGAACGUACGAGCGGCAGACUCGUCGGUUCGAGCAAUACACGCGCGGCGAGCGGAGAUAUUGCGCAGGGAGCAGAGGGAGCAGACGACGACGACGACCGAACUCACACAGAGAGAGGAAGCCUCGAGGAGCCAUUACACGGACGCACACAACGCGGCGCGACGGGACGCGGCGGCGGCGGCUACGACGGUGCUGUCUGCGUAGCAUUGUAUCGUCCGUCAGGCUGAAUAGUUCACUUCGCUUCAACUUUACGCAGAAAAUAUGCGUAGCCCCGCGAGUCGUCUAGUGUACAACCGUGCGUGCUCGAUCGAUACGCCAUUGCGGCGUACCGACUAACCCGUCGACAUACAUACGUACAUACAUUCGUGCGUGCACAACGCGACGUGUAUAAAACGCGUGAUACAUACUUACAUACAAACACGGACGCGCGUACCAUCUUCUAUUUCGUUUGUUUUCUUUUUUUUUUUUUACUUUUUACGUUUCUUCUUUCCAUUGUUAUAAAUAUUACAAUACACAGGAGUUAGGGGAGAACGGGAAAAAAUACGCGACAUGGACGUUCUGAUACUGACUCGAGCAUGACUAUUCGACUACGGACUACGAUGCCGAUGAAUAUCGCGACGAUUACGACGACGAAAACGACGAAGACUAGGAGAUCCGCGACGCUCGCAUACUGUCGCUUCUCGUAACGUAUAUAUGCAUGCAUGUAUAUACAAUACACAAAUAUAUAUAUAUAUAUUAUAUAUAUAUAUAUGUAUAAAUAUACUUGAAUGUACAUAUGUAUAUACGCGUAUAAGCACACGACGUAUUUUCACCCCCCGCACACGGUGUUCCCUCUCAAUCGAGAUCGUUUACUAAUAAACACUCCCCGCAGCCAAUAGCCAGAGCAUGCGGUGCGAGUGCAGGGGAGUUGCUGGUAGACUCGAGACAGACGUACAGACAUGUUGUUGUUUCGCUCCUGCUACCGCUGGCCUCUGAUCGCACUCGGACUCGAGCGGCCCGAGGCCCAGGCCUGGCCCAGGCCACCGACCCGCAGUCGCAUGAACCUGAAGCUGAAGCUGAGGUUGAACCGUUGACGCCGUUCGUUCGUGCCUGCCUGCCUGCAUCUCGCCUAUAUACAGAGGAACGUGGUCGUCGUCGCAUCGUCGUCUCUGCAAGAGGAGCGUAGCGGAGUGCCGAGCAGCGGUGAAGAGUCGAGCGGAGAGGAGAGGAGUGGAGAGGAGUGGAGAGGAGAGGAGAGGAGAGGAUAGAAAGAGAAAGACAGUGAUAACGGAGGGUGGCAGUGUGGCACAACCUUCGCCUCUCCGCUUAUUUUAUUCACUCUUUAAGAUUCCGAGGCAGCUCCACCACCACCACCACCACCACCGCCACCAGCAGCAGCACUAGCAGUUUCUGCAGUGUUUGUGUAUUUGUCGCGUCGCGUGGUGUUUUUCUACGUUUCGUCGUCGUCACAGCCACAGCCACAGCCACAGCAGCAGCAGCUCGAGUAGUCUCGUCGUCUCGUGGCGGACGACGGCGGCGGCGGACGCGUCGUGUUUCGCGUUACACAUCUAUUAUAAUCCACCUCUGUCCGUGUCGUUUCACCUUUGCCUGUGUGUGCUAACCGCGUUAUUAUUAUGUAUACUCACAUACCGAUCAUUUUACGCUGGAUGGAUGAUGGAUGAUAAGUCCCGGACUGUAGGUAUUAUUACUACACCACCACCACCACCACCGCCAGCGGCGGCACCGGGGGACGGACGGACAGUCGUCCUCGCUAUUUAUUACCGCUCGUCGUCGGCUACGUUAUUCAUCAAUGAAUUUGAGGAACCCAGUGAGAUACUACGAUCGGUUUAUUUAACCUGUGCUAUACCGCUGCCUGGAAUGCGAUAACACACAACCUCCGUCUGCUUCGCGGCGACGACUCUUAAAAGUCUCUUUCUCUCUCUCCAGUUCCAGCUCUUCACACUCUUAUUAAUAAUCCAUCGCAGUCAGGACUCUCGGACUUGUGCGUGUGUGUUUCUGUGUGCGAUCGUAAAUAUUAUUCUGCGAACGCGAAGAUGGUAAUCACGGUGUGAAACUAAUUAAAGGAUAAGUAAACAAAAACAAUAAUACGCACGAGUGACAGAGAAAAACAAAGAAAUGCGAACGACGUUGGUAACCGUAACUCGAACAAUGAACACGUAGCAUUAAAAAAGUAAAAACGCUUAAAAAUGUAUUGUUUACGUACGUGAAUCGAGAAAAUUGCUGCUGCAAAAAGAAAGAAAAAAAAAAAAAGAAAAAAACAGUACAUACACAUGUCAUUAACGAGUUCCAAGGACGAGUUAUAUUAAUAAUCAUUAUAACUAAAGGGAAAAGGGAAGAAGAGUUGAUGUUUUAAAAAUUAUUUCCAUUCGUAUUCUUCUCAUUGUAAUAUAAUGGAGACAUUAAUAUCUACGAAUGCAAACAGCCAGUCUUACAGUCCUCAAUUAAAAUCAGUACUGAAAACUUACCAGCUAUCGGCUGUAAAAAGUCUUCAGGGUCCAAGCUCGGCCCUGUUGGGCAUGGACUGUAAAGGGCUGCUUCAAGAACCGGCAGCUUAUCAUUUUUCUACGAUAAACCGUUCCAGCAAUGGGGCGAUAUCCGAUUCCGAACCUGAGCGGCCAAAUUCGGCGAAGGAAAUCGAGAGGCUUGAUAAGCUCGACGAUAUCGUAUCCUGUAAGGAACUGCAAAGAAACGUUGACGCCUUGGAAGAUUCUGACUCGAAUCCGCCAGUGCCGGACAGAGCGAAAGUCAUAGUAGAUAAUAAGCGAGAGCCGGAGUUUCAGAUACCGAUAUUAACCGCGCCUGAUCAGAGCUGUUCAGAGAGAUGCGAAACUUCCCUCGAAGGCGAGAGGAUCUCGUGCUUUGUUGUCGGCGGCGAGAGACGCCUUUGUUUGCCCCAAAUUCUAAACACAGUUUUACAAGACUUCUCGCUCCAACAGAUCAACCAAGUCUGUGACGAGCUUCAAAUAUACUGUUCAAGAUGCACGAGGGACCAACUUGAGGAACUCAAGCUGUCCGGCAUUUUGCCGAGAAACGCUCCAUCCUGCGGUCUCAUUACGCAGACGGAUGCCGAGAGACUGGUCAGUGCCCUAUUGCUCAGGACUGAACCUUGCGAGACGCAGAAUGUUAUUGAGAGCGAAAAAGUUAUAGUAGAAGAUUCGAAGGAUGAGGGAGAGGAAAGUUUGUCACCCAGCAGGUUCAAGGUCUACCACGAAUGCUUUGGGAAGUGCAAAGGCAUUUUCGAGGCGGAUCUCUUCAUCAACGACGAUUCCCCCUGCAUAGAGUGUCUUGAAUGCACGGGCAGAUUCUCACCUCAGCGAUUUGUCAGGCACGCCCAUCGGUCGUUAGAAAAUCGGACUUGCCACUGGGGCUUCGACUCUGCUAAUUGGAGAUCUUAUCUUCUCCUCGCACGAGAUCAACCCCACUAUCAUCAGGUCGCGACUUUUUUUCGGGAGCUCAAGCAACGGCAUCUACCCAAUUCCAAAAGGAAACCUCAGAUGCGACUGGACACCGAGAAGCUGACCAAGAGAGCUAGAAAGGAUUUAAACCAAGAGUGUUCACCCGGAUAUUACAAAGCAAACGGCAUGGGAAUGUACCACCCUGCAACUUCCGCCGCUGGUGUUAAUGACCCCUAUCUCCAGAUGCAAUGGGCAGUUUUUGAACUUGCGGCAAGGGGCGCAUCAGCUUUCCGCCCUUGGAGUGCUGGCGGACCUUGUAAACACAGGGAUGGAACGACACUUGUGCCUGCGUAUCUGAGUCGUGGCCCUCCGGUUCUUCAGCACCCCGAACGAGUGGUACCACAUUCGGAGUGCGAACGUUUCGAACCCCACUUCCAGCCCAAUGUCGCUCUGGCUCCUCUGCCGCCCAUUAAUUUACCGCCUCUAGUUCCACCCGCCUCACAUCAUCAUCACCACCACCAUCAUCCGAAACGUCGCCAUCACCAUCGCCAGCUGAGUCCGGAAGGAAAACUGGAAGUAUUGCCGAUUACUGUUAAAUUAGAAAAGCCUUCUUCACCUAGCCCGGGACUCGGUCCCGGUCAAGCGUCGCUCUUUUCGCCACCCGCGUUAUCCUGCACGACGGAGGGGGACGAGGACAGUAGUCGUGGGAUAAUACCAAAACAAAAUGUCGAGGAAGAGGAGGAGAGCAGUACGGCCGUCACGUCGUCAACGGUAACGGUCGAUCCCCCGCCGACGGAAGCAGCCACGUCUUCGCCGGACAGUGACUCGGACUCGGAUUCGACGGUUGGCAGGGAUCUCGAGUCGAGAUUAGCGACUCUCGACGUACCCAAGGAAGUUACGGACCUCGCGCGACGUCUGGCGUCGCAAAACGCCCGUUUGAGACGUAAUAGGCGUCGCGAUGUCAGGGAAAUAUUAAGGCUUCGAUCUCAGCUUGAACUCCAACAGUUACAGUGCAGUACGAGUAAAGAUGAUGGUAAGAAUAAUAACGAGGCAAACUUUAAUCAUGUAAACGUAACAGUAAACACAAAUGAUAAUGAAAACGCGAAUGCAAACGCGGCUGACAGCACCGAAGGUAGCGAAGAGGCGGAAGCUGUUCCACCGUCGAAUAAGGAUAGUAAGGAUCUUGAAGAUCCCAAUGACUCUGCAGCUGGUAAUGAUUAGAUUUAUUUUUAUUAGUUCUUACCGAGAUUAGAGAAGGAAAUAGAUAAUUGAAGAUAGGAAAAAUGAAACAAAAACAAAAACAAAAAAAACUGCUCACCAAUCAUUGCGCCGUUUGUAUUUUUGGCGUAGCAAACGCGCACUGAAAUUUAUUGUUCAAAUUAAUAACAAUCUAAUGAUUAUCCUAACUUCUGUAAUAUACAGGAAGAGAAAAAAUACAUUUUAGGAAAUCAAUUGAUGAACAAAAGAAUGAAAACUGUUCUGGGUUAUGUGAUAUAUAAAGAGCCUUUAACGUUAUUUCUAUUGAUUAGAAGUUCUAAUAUUGUAGGUAUAAACUUUAUGAACGGUUACAUUAAUUUAUGACCGGUUUGUAGAUAUUGUAUUAUACGGAAGAAAGUAAUUAGGUUUAAAUAGAAAAGGAAAAAAAAGAAAGAAAAAAAGAAAACUUAUCAUGCCAAUAACAAUUACGUUUAGCGAUUUAUUUAAUUGUAAUCUUAAGGACAUGAGACAUGCAGAAUUACGAGCAUUUGAGUAUAUCACAUAUACAUCAUCUGCGCAAAAUGAUUUUCUAUUUGGGCGUACACUCAAUGUUUUAUUGUAAUAGGUAGAACGAAGAAAUAGGUUGCUUUUCGUUAACACUCUCUCUUUUGCCAUCCUCUUCCGUUUCCUCUUCAUCUUUCUGGCAACUAUAUAUGUAUUGUGAUUUUAUGUGUAUGCACAUAUACAUAUAAUCAUAAUACCGCGCAAUGUAAAUACAUUCUCAUAUCACAGGUAUCCAUACACACAAACAUACAUGAAUAUAUGCAUGAUAUAAUUAUGCGUUAAUCAUUUUAUUUAAUUAAUAUUAUGCGAAUUAAUUGUGAAAGUACAAAAAACCCUAGGUGCUAUGUUGUUACGUUAGCCUACGUUUCGAGAGCGAACGCGGCUCGUUGCAAUACUAAAAAACGAGAAAGAAAAAUUAGCCACAUUUGUUGAGUACACGUUCGGUUCCGCAUUGUCUUCAUUAGGUACUAUAUUAAUUAUUUUAAGAUAAUAGUCUCGUUUAAUAUUUAGUCUUGAUUAUACACGAUAAAUGCGUACAGUAUAUUGUUCAACCCACGGCGGACUUUAGACAUUGUUGUUCACCGACUAUUUAAUGUGCAGAAAACGCAUUAUCAUCCCACGAAAAAAUUACACACACACACAGGCAUUCAUUCAUACAUACAUACAUAUACAUAUAUUCUGACUCAGAAGCGAAUUUAUACAUUAAAGAAGAAAAAAAAAAAAAAAACCAUUAGUUCUCCUUGUCAAGUCAAAACCC